AUGAGGUCACAGAAUAAAGCCAGGAUCCUAGUAACCACAGGGAGCCCAGCAGCCACUUGGGCUGGGGCCAGCGGAGGACUUCGGCACAGCCCAAGCCAACCCUCACUAAACAGCUGGAGCGCCGAGUCCUCUGGGCUCUGGUGUCCAGUCAUGAAACGCCACUUCACAGACCACAGGGGAGAACAAUCACCAACAGAUGGGACCAGCCUCAGCUUGGCCAGCCCAGAGCCCACAGGGGAGAGUGUGGAAGUGUGCGGUUCAGGGACGGUGGAGAGAGAGAAGACGCCUUCACGGUCGGGGCCGGCCAUUCCCCACGAGGAGAACGUGUGCUUGGCCCACAGGGCUCCUGCGAUGCUGAGCUGGAGCGGCUCCUCGUCCUCCCGGUCCUCCUCCGAGUAUCAGUCUUACUCCCAGUACCCGUCUUGCUACUCCUGCCUGUACGACGACGAGGACACGGCCCAGCGAAGGGUGUGCGCCUUCUACACCCACGUACAGACGGUGCAGGGCGUGGCCGUGGCCUGGGAGACCGAGUCGGGCUUUGAGCCGGUCAGCCGGAAGCCCCGCAUUCACGAGGCCGAGUUCGUCAAGAGGCAGAGGAGGAAAGGCUCCUCCUUUGAGAUGGCUUCCAACAGCGACCUGUGCUGGGAACUGGAAGCCAGCAAGAGCCACUGCUGCCCAGAGCAGGAUGACGCGGAGCUGCUGGGGCCCCUGGAGUGCUGCCCGCAGGAGCUGCGGGACACCCCGGACUGGCUGGUCACCACGGACUACGGGCUGCGCUGCGUGGCCUGCUGUCGGGUCUUCCCCACGUUGGAGGCUCUGCUCAAGCAUGCCCAGUAUGGCAUCCAAGAGGGCUUCAGCUGCCAGAUCUUUUUUGAGGAGAUGCUGGAGAGAAGGCGGGCCUGGGGCCAAGUCCGGGAGCAGAAGCUGGAGGAGGAGGAGGAACAGAGCCCUUCAGAGGGCAGUGAAUGUUCGCGGCCCCAGGCCAGGGCGCUUCCCUCGUAG